UCGUGCCCCGCGCUGCCCGCGGCGGCGGCGGCCCCGGCCCCAGCAUGGGGCUGAAGGCCUGGCAGAAGGCUCUGUUCCCGCUGCGCUCCGUGGCCGCCGUGGUUCGGCUCUUCGAGGCCGAGCUGCGGCAGCCCGAGCCCGACCUGGUGCUGCUCUCGCUGGUCCUGGGCUUCGUGGAACAUUUCCUGGCCGUCAACCGAGUGCUGCCCACCAACGUGCCCGGGCUGACCUUCGAGUCGCGGCCGGGGCCGGACCCCCAGACCCGGCUGUACUUCCCGGUGGCCGAGCUGUCCAUCGUGGCCGCGCUCUACGCCCGCUUCACGGCGCAGAUCCGGGGAGCCGUGGACCUGUCCCUGUACCCCCGGCCCGACGGCUGCUCCUCGCGGGAGCUGGUGAGGAAAGUGUCCGAUGUCAUCUGGAACAGCCUCAGCCGCUCCUACUUCAAGGACAGGGCUCACAUCCAGUCGCUCUUCAGCUUCAUCACGGGUACGAAGCUGGACAGCUCAGGUGUGGCUUUUGCCGUGGUUGGCGCCUGCCAGGUGCUGGGGCUGCCCGACGUUCACCUGGCCCUGAGCGAGGACCACGCCUGGGUGGCCUUUGGGGCCGGGGGGUCCCAAACCGCCGAGGUCACCUGGCACGGCAAGGGCAACGAGGACAGGAGGGGACAGCCCGUGCAGGCCGGGGUGGCCGAGAGGAGCUGGCUGUACCUGAAGGGCUCCUACCUGCGCUGCACGCGGCACAUGGAGGUGGCGUUCAUGGUGUGCGCCAUCAACCCCUCCAUCGACGGCCACACCGACAGCCUGGAGCUGCUGCAGCUGCAGCAGCGCCUGCUGUGGCUGCUCUAUGACAUGGGACACCUGGACAGGUACCCCAUGGCCCUGGGCAACCUGGCUGACCUGGAGGAGCUGGAGCCCACCCCCGGCAGACCCGACCCCCUCACCCUGUACCACCAGGGCAUCCACUCUGCCCGUACCUAUUACAACAACGAGCACAUCUACCCCUACCUGUACCUGGCCGGGUUCCACUGCCGCAACAAGAACGUCAAGGAGGCCCUGGAGGCCUGGGCUGACACGGCCACCGUCAUCCAGGACUACAAUUACUGCCGUGAGGAUGAGGAGAUCUACAAGGAAUUCUUUGACGUGGCCAACGAUGUCAUCCCCAACCUGCUCAAGGAGGCGGCGGCCGAGCCCCCCCCGGGGGCUGAGGGGGCCCCCGGGGGUCUCCCAGCCCUGCAGGACCCCGAGUGCUUCGCUCACCUGCUGCGCUUCUACGACGGCAUCUGCAGGUGGGAGGAGGGGAGCCCCACACCUGUGCUGCACGUGGGCUGGGCCACCUUCCUCGUGCAGUCCCUGGGCCGCUUCGAUGGCCAGGUGCGCCAACAGGUGACCCUCCUCUCCGAGGACCCCACCCCCCCCGAGGCAGAUUUGGGGGGUCCCGAGGACCCCCGCGAUUGCCGCCGCCGGGGUCCCCGCCGCGAAUCCAAACCCGAGGAGCCCCCGACCCCCAAAAAACCCUCGGAGCGCCGCCCCCUUCCCCGCGCCCCCCGCCCCGAGGAGACCCCGCCGCCCCUUCCCCCUGUCCCUGCCCCUCCCCCUGCCCCCCCCACCGCCCCUCCCCCGGUGCCAGCCCCCCGCGACCCCCGGGCCGGGCCCGCGCGCCCCCCGCCCCCGGGGCCGGUGCUGCGGUUCCGCUCGCAGAAGAUGCGCGGGAUGAAGGAGCUGCUGCGGGCGGCCAAGGUGAACUCGAGCGCCAUCAAACUGCAGCUCACGGCCCAGAGCCAGGUGCAGCCGCGCCGGCCCCGCGCCCCGCCCGGCGCCUACCCCCUGCCCUUCCUCAAGAGACCCCGAAAGGGAUCCUAGGGAACCCCAAAAAUGGUCCUAGGGAGCCCCAAAAACCCCGGGCAGGUGCAGUGCCCCCCUGCCCUUCCUCAAGAGACCCCGAAAGGGAUCCUAGGGAACC